AUGACUGUAGAUGCGACCGGCCAAUUAUUAUCUGUCAUCGGGCACGGUGGGGCAGGGCGUGGCCAGAGGAGGGCGGGGCUGACCAAUCUGGGCGAGCGCGCCCCGCGUCAGUUGAGCACGGCGCGCCGUCGCGGACGCAUUUACGCGAACGCGAGUGACCCUCGACCGAUGAUCAGUGAUGUGAUUGAUAGUGGAGUGAACCGCGAAGCAGCUGCAGCGGUGGACGCGCGUAUCGUCUCUCCCCUACGGCGUCGUCGCCUGCAGCGGUCGAGCGGAGCGCGCAGCGUAGAGAGCGGGGCAUGGGGCGCACGCGGCGCCGGGCGGAAUGGCGGUGAGCGUGCCCGAGGUGAUGUACGGCGCCUACUACCCGUACCUGUACGGCCGGGGGGCCGCGCGCUCCUUCCACCACGCGCCGCACUUCCAGUACGACCGGGUGAGGCUGUUAACUGA